CGGCAUUGUGGGUAUCUCACUCUAUCUCUGCCCUGACUGCCCGCCCGCCCGCCCGCCUGCCGGUAGUUUCUUUCCUCCUGCCUGCCUCCCCGGACUCACACCAUGGCGCUGCACGUCCCCAAGGCCCCGGGCUUCGCCCAGAUGCUGAAAGAUGGAGCCAAGCAUUAUUCAGGUUUAGAAGAAGCUGUGUACAGGAAUAUUCAAGCUUGUAAAGAACUUGCCCAAACUACUCGCACUGCAUAUGGACCAAAUGGAAUGAACAAAAUGGUUAUCAAUCACUUGGAGAAGUUGUUUGUUACAAACGAUGCAGCCACUAUUCUCCGUGAACUUGAGGUCCAGCAUCCUGCAGCUAAAAUGAUUGUCAUGGCUUCUCAUAUGCAAGAGCAGGAAGUCGGUGAUGGCACUAACUUUGUGCUUAUUUUUGCUGGUGCACUCUUGGAGCUGGCAGAGGAGCUGCUUCGAAUGGGCCUAUCUGUAUCAGAGGUAAUUGAAGGAUAUGAAAAAGCUUGCAAGAAAGCUUUAGAAAUCCUCCCUGAUUUGGUCUGCAGCUCUGCAAAGAACCUGCGGGACAUCGACGAAGUUUCUUCCCUCCUUCAGACCUCCAUUAUGAGCAAGCAGUAUGGGAAUGAGUCUUUCCUUUCAAAUCUUAUUGCUCAGGCGUGUGUUUCUAUACUUCCUGAAUCUGGCCACUUCAAUGUCGACAACAUCAGGGUGUGCAAGAUAUUGGGUUGUGGCAUAGGGUCGUCAUCUGUUUUACAUGGAAUGGUUUUCAAGAAAGAAACAGAAGGAAAUGUCACCUCUGUAAAAGAUGCCAAAAUUGCAGUAUACUCGUGUCCUUUUGAUGGUAUGAUCACUGAAACAAAGGGUACCGUAUUAAUAAAUAAUGCACAAGAACUAAUGGACUUCAGCAAGGGUGAAGAAAAUCUAAUGGAGGAGCAGGUGAAGGCCAUAGCUGAUGCUGGAGCCAGUGUUAUAGUCACAGGAGGCAAAGUUGCUGAUAUGGCCCUUCAUUAUGUCAACAAAUACAAUCUCAUGUUGGUGAGAUUAAACUCUAAAUGGGAUCUGAGGAGACUUUGUAAAACGGUUUGUGCUACAGCUCUCCCAAGACUAACUGCUCCUACGCCAGAUGAAAUGGGUCACUGUAACGAUGUUUAUUUAUCUGAAGUUGGAGACACUCAAGUUGUUGUGUUUAAACAUGAAAAGGAAGAUGGUGCCAUAGCUACUAUUGUUGUUCGUGGUUCAACAGACAACCACAUGGAUGAUGUAGAGAGGGCUGUUGACGAUGCAGUAAACAACUUUAAAGUUCUCACAAGGGAUAAACGUCUUGUCCCAGGUGGUGGAGCAACUGAAAUAGAAUUGGCAAAGAAGAUCACAUCAUAUGGAGAGACUUGCCCUGGCCUUGAUCAGUACGCUAUUAAGAAGUUUGCAGAGGCAUUUGAGAGCCUUCCAAGAGCAUUAGCAGAGAACUCAGGGGUGAAAGCCAAUGAAGUAAUCUCCAAACUCUAUGCAACACAUCAUGAAGGCAACAAGACUGUGGGGUUUGACAUUGAGGCAGAGACUGCAGCAGUAAAAGAUAUGUUGGAAUGCAAGGUACUGGACACAUACCUUGGAAAACAUUGGGGAAUUAAGUUGGCAACCAAUGCUGCUGUCACUGUUCUGCGAGUAGAUCAGAUAAUCAUGGCCAAACCAGCCGGUGGACCCAAAGCCCCAACGGGAAAGAAGGACUGGGAUGAUGACCAGAAUGAAUGAAGACUUGUGUUGAUGUCUGCGAUAUGUCGGUUAAAGGACUUUAUCAGUGUGUUUUACACAAUCUGUGCAGCUCUUUCAUAUUUCCUUUAAGUUAAAUACCCCUCCGUGUGGAACAUCUAUCCUGAUCUAGCCGACGGCUUAUUACCUCUGAUUUGCAAAUUAGACGUAAUGGAAACCCAGGCUAAUGUGCUUCUUUCUCUGUAGAGCUGUCCGGUUUUGAUUAUUAAAUCUGAUGCUAUGUUUUCACUAAAGCACUGAAAUAAAAUGCAAAAUAUUAAGGAA